AAUAUAUUAUUAUAUUAUCAUUCAAGAGCAGACUUGGGCGGCAGUUUUUUCCAGGUCGUGGACGAUGCACAAAUGAACUCUGUGUACAAUAAAUGUAUGUAGCUGAACCCUCUACCCUCGAACAGCUUCAUUGAUCGCCACCACAAGGGAGAUUUAUUAUAAUAGGUACAUACCCACUAGGGGAGCAGCUGCUAUUGCGCAGAACAGAUCAGAACAAAGUACAAUGACUCGCCGAUUCCGUUUGCAGUCUGGCCAAGGUUUACCGAAGGGUUUUAGGGGACGGUGUGACAGUAGACAACAAAUAGGAUAAUUUGGAGUUGUUUUUCUUUUGACAAAACAUAAUUAUACAAAAUAAAAUCAAACUGACAUUAAAAUAUGGCAAAAGUUGCUUUCUAGAUGACCUGUACAGUUUAUGGAAAGUACUUAUACCGAGAAAUUCUUUAGAAUAAAUAUUUAAGUCUUGUUCUAUGCUUUCUCGUUUUUAUUGAAAAGUGAUGUGUUACCAGAGUCUCCGUAGUCACAUUGGCUUAAAUACAGAUAGCGAACAUGAAAAAAAAAACAGUAAAACUAUGCCCCGACCCCACUGUACCAGUUUUUAUUUUUUUGCAAAAACAUUGUGGGCCAAAUAGCCCAUAUACAGUGUCAUGUAUUUGUUAAUUUAGUUGGAAUAGUCAACGAAUAAUAUUUCAAUCGUUUGUACUUUAUAGUUUAAUUUAUAAUCGCUUAUUCUCAAUAAAAUUAAUAUUUAUGUAUUAUAUACUUCCAUUAGAGCAAGCUCUUACUAACUAUUUAUACUUCAUAGACUAUAUUAUUCUUUCAAACCUCUAUUAUACUUCUAUUUUACUAGAUUGACAAUUUACAAAUCUAAUUUGGGUUUUUUUCACAAAGUAACAACCCGAUUUUUUUUUAAAUCCACUGCUUUUAAAUAAUUUUCAACUUAUAACACCGUUUCGCUCGAAUUCGGUUUUUUAUGUGUGUGUGUUAGUGUGUAAGCUUUUUCUAAGAGCUUGGAAAAUCGAUGGUUACACUAGUAUUAAAUCGUAAGCCGACAAAACAGAUAUAUAGUACUAGGAUUUGUAUACACAGAUGUAAUAAUACGUUGUUUUCAACUGCUCUAUCAUUUGACUAUUGGCAAAAACAAAAUAUAAUAUAUUUCAUAAAUCCCGCGUACUGAACACCUACAGAAAACGACUACGUGUUUAACAGUUAGCCAUUAGUAUACGUUGUCCCUUUUGUGUUGCAAAACUUGGAACUGUUUUCAUUCUUCAAGCCUUUUUUUUCUAAAACAAGUACUCUAGUAGGUUACCUAUUAUUUGAAAAAUAAAAAUGUAUUCGAAAACUAUGAUACUGUUUUUCAGCUUGGCAUUGUACUUAUUGGAAUGUCAGGGUAGCACCGCCUACUUCAAAACAACGUGAAAUAAUAAGAAAUAUGGUCAGGGAAAAUGUUGGCCAAGAUGGCACAGGCUAUGAAGGAUUAAAAGAUGUAUUAAUUAAAGUAGUCGCUAAAUUAAAAUUAUCCAUAGAGUUCCCUGGUAAGGAUGAGUUGCUGGUGGAAUCAAAAGAAUAUGUUGAUAGUUUACUCCAUGACUACACAUUGGAAGAAGUUAUAAGCGUUGUCAAAGAUUUUGUAGACUCCGAAAGUUUGGCAUACAAUGGUACCGUACAAGAUUGCGUGAGAAGGGCAACAAACAUUUUCGGGUCACUUGACAGUUUUAAACGUUAUGAAGAAUUAGAAGAUAUAAUUAAAGUGAUAAAGCACAAAUUUAAAGUUACCAAACACUUCCCUACUUAUCAAGAACAUAAAUCGGCGUUAUCAAACCGCGCACACUAUACUGUGGAUCAAGUUGAAAACAUAGUUAUUGAAAAACUAUUUUCGAUUUAAGGGUUGGACUAUAUUUUUAACUGUUUUUAAAUUAGUGCAUGUCACAUACGAUUAAUUUAGUUUUGUUUGAUUAUCUAAUUAUUUUGAUCUUGUAUUUCGUUAGUGCACUGUUUAAUAUAUGUAUAAGUACUA